GUGUAUGAGAGAGAUCACGAGUGAGCGCGGGCUGUUUGGGAGCAGAGAGAAUGAUGAUGGGUUGAGCUCUGGAGAGCGUCUCACCUAAAAACCCUGGAGAACAUGGAAGCCAAAAAGAUCCUCCAUUUUGUGCCAUCUGACGCUCCAUCCAGCGGGAAGUCUAAGAAUGGAUAUGUUUUCCAAGAGAUGGAGCUGCAGGACGGGGAACAGGAGGAUUGUGGGCAAGACUCACCAGCCGCUCACAAGGGCCACAUCUAUGACAACCAGAUCCAGAUCAGUGUUUCAGAUCCUGACUGUCCUGGUUUUGGGCUUUUAAACACGACAAGAAAAUAUGUGAAGCCGAUGAACUUCCAGGAAGAAGUGCGCGCCCACAGAGACCUGGACAGCUUCCUGGCCCAGGCGAGCAUCCUCUUGGACGAGAAGGCCGCCACUCUGGACGAGGUCCUGAGGCGAAUGCUGACUCACGUGGCGGAGGACGGCCACGGGAGCUGCGACGUGGACGAGGUCAUGAGCUCGCUGUUCACGGACGCAGGAGGGAAGGAGUUUAAUGUUCACCUACUGUCAGAGACCAUUCAGGGUGUGACUGCGACUUCCACUGGCAUUCGCUACCAGCAGUCCUGGCUCUGCAUUCUCUCCAAUGUGAGGAGCCUGCAGAGACGUCACGUCUGCAUCGCCCGCCUGGACAGGCCCCAGAACUGGGGAGUGAACUGCUGCGAGGCCCGCUACGUCAUCCUCAUCCUGGCCCCUCCGAGAACCAAAAGCACCAAGACGGCCAUCGAACUCGGUAGAACUUUCGCCACGAUGCUCUCCGACAUUUCCUUCAGGCAGAAGCUUCUGGAGGCCAAGACCCAGGACGAGUUCAAGCAGGAGCUGGUCUACCAGCGACAGCAGCUCUCCAUAGUCAACGAGAAGCCGGUCGUAGAGGAGGUGGAGGACUCGGAUCCACGCAGAGGGAAAACACUUCAGUGCACAGAUUUCUUUAAAGCCGGUAAAGGUGUUUAUAGUGACCUCCGUCGCAGACUGCCCCUCUACCCCUCAGACUUCACAGAUGGAAUAACUGGGAAGGACCGCUGCCUGCUGAAGUACACCACCACCGCUAUUUUUCUCUACAUCGCCAUUCUGCUGCCUGCGAUUGCCUUUGGCUCACUGAAUGAUGAAAGCACAAGAGGAGAGAUAGAUGUUCAGAAGACCAUUGUUGGCCAGAGCAUUGGAGGAGUGAUCUAUGCUUUGUUUGCUGGCUCGCCACUCGUCAUUCCGCUGACCACUGCGCCGCUGGCCAUCUUCAUAAGCGUCAUCAGGGGCAUCUGCGACGACUACAACCUCGACUUCGAUGCCUUCUACGCCUGCAUCGGUUUAUGGAACAGCCUGUUCCUCAUCCUUGGAGGCUUAUUCAAUGUCAGCCUGCUGAUGAAACUCUUCAAACGCUCAACAGAAGAAGUCAUUGCAUUGUUCAUCUCUAUAGCAUUUGUCGGGGAUGCAGUGAAAGGCACUGUCAAAAUUUUUGAGCACUUCUACCACGGGCCCACACUGGCCACCACAAACAGCACGUUGGUGCUUCAGCAGAUCAAUGAGAUUCUAGAGAAGAUGAAGAACCAGACGGGGAACGCGCCCGGGGAUCACAACGGGACAGUGGUGGGACACGCAGAAGGACAUGCGUCGAUCUUCCUGCCCGAGUCUCUGGUGUUGUGCACGAGAGAAAGGCCCGUCCUCUGUCUGCUGCUCAUGCUGGGGACUCUGUGGCUGGGUUACACCCUCUACCUCAUCAAGAGGAGCCCGUAUCUGAAUGACAGAAUCAGAGAGGUGGUGUCUGACUGCGCUUUGCCGAUCUCUGUGGUGAUAUUCUCCUUCAUUGGCUCCUACCUUUUCCUUGACAUACAGCUUCCUGUGUUCAGCGUCCAUGACGGCCCGAUCUUCAACUUCCCUCCGUUUGAUAAGCUGUCAGGAAUGAACACGCUGAGCGCGGUCGGGCUGGGCUUCCUCCUCGCUCUGCUUAUCUUCAUCGAUCAGAACAUCGUCAUCUCACUCACACAUGUGCCAGAACACAAGUUGCUGAAAGGAACGACUUUCCACUGGGACUUAAUGCUGACUGGCUUCAUCAACAUCCUCAUGUCCUGUCUGGGGCUGCCAUGGAUGCACGCUGCCUUCCCACAUUCCUCCCUGCACGCCCGUCAGCUGGCCAAAGUGGAACAGCACGUCGAGAACGGACACCUCUACACGACUAUUGUCAGUGUGAAGGAGACGCGUCUGACCUCGCUGGUGGCCAACAUCCUGAUCGGCCUGUCUGCGUUCAUGCUGCCAAUUCCUCUGCAGUGGAUCCCCAAGCCUGUCCUCUACGGCCUCUUCCUCUACAUCGCAGCCACUUCGCUUGAUGGGAACCAGAUGGUGGACCGCAUGGCCCUGCUGCUGAAGGAACAGACCUCCUAUCCUCCCACCCACUACAUUCGUCGUGUGCCUCAGAGGAAGGUUCACUACUUCACGGGGCUGCAGAUGAUCCAGCUCA